UGAGUAGCCCCACCUCCUCCUAAUCCUCCCCUCGCCGGAGUCUGCCUUGUCUCGGCUCGCCCGGCUGCUCUCUGGAACUUUGCGCUCGGCUCGCCUUCCCUUUUGCCAACUUUUCCCCGUCGCCGCUCGACGGCAAGUUCUUCUCCCGCCUUGGCGAAGGGUGCCGCCGCCACCGCCGCUGCGGGAGAGCGCAGAUCCCGCCGGAGGUGGGAGGCGGCCCGCUGGGGAGAUGCGGUCGCGGAGUGAUUAGAGCGCGGGACUCCGGGUUUGGCCGCCGCCAGCGCUGCAGCAACUUGCAAGCGGAGCGGUGAUCGGCUGCCGCUGCGGCAGAUCGGCGGAGGAGAAAUUGUUGCUGCUGUGUCUGGUCCUCCUUUAACUGCGCCUGAAGCUCCCGCGCCGCCCGCUCGGCUGCUUUUUUUGCCUUUGUCUGUUAACCGUGCGAGAGAGAAAAACAGAAGUUUUACUUCAUGGCAAGAAGUAAUAUCCUGCAACAGAAAUUUCCCCCCAAACUGGGCAGAAGGAAUCUUCAUAAAUUGUGACGUGCAGACCUUCAAUCAGAUUUUGCUGAAAUGGGUUAUAUGGCUCGCAAUUCAGUCCUGGGAUUUAUUCUUAAAUCUACAAUGAUAAAUGGACUUAUGAUUGUUCCUGUUCUUGUGAUGAUAGUUUUUCUUUCACCGAGCAAGGCUGACGAGCUAAAAUUAAUGACCGACUAUGAAUGUGUGUGCGAAGGCAUGUCAUGUGUGAAUGGACUCCGCUGCAAAGGACAUAGGUGCUUCUCCUCCUUGAGCAUCAAUAAUGGAGAAAGAGUUUAUCAGAAGGGCUGCUUCCAAGUUUAUGAGCAGGGGAAGAUGACAUGUAGAACUCCUCCAUCUUCAGAUCAAGCUGUGGAAUGCUGUCAAGGGCACCUCUGCAACUUCAACAUAACAGCAGAGCUACCAAUGAAAGGGCAUCCAUCUCAAGGGGAAGCCAUGGGUUAUACCAUGGAAAUGUUUGUUAUUUUUGUACUGGCUCCCUUUAUGGUGCUGAUCGUAUUUUCGGUGGCAGCGGUGCUAAUCAUCAGAAAGAUUCGGCAGUGCCAUAUGGAAAGGCUGAAUUCAAGGGAUGCAGAAUAUGGCACAAUUGAAGGGCUCAUAGCCUCAAACGUUGGCGACAACACAUUGGCAGACCUGUUGGACCAUUCCUGUACCUCUGGGAGCGGCUCAGGGCUGCCUUUCCUGGUACAAAGAACAGUGGCUCGGCAGAUUACCCUGUUGGAGUGCGUAGGAAAAGGCCGAUACGGAGAAGUCUGGCGAGGACAAUGGCAAGGAGAGAGCAUUGCUGUCAAGAUCUUUUCUUCCCGAGAUGAAAAGUCCUGGUUCAGAGAAACAGAAUUAUACAAUACCGUGUUGCUGAGGCAUGAAAAUAUUUUAGGUUUUAUUGCUUCAGACAUGACAUCACGGAAUUCCAGCACUCAGUUGUGGCUAAUCACACAUUAUCAUGAAAUGGGCUCGCUCUAUGACUACCUGCAGCUGACAACAUUGGACACUGUGAGCUGCUUACGAAUAGUUUUGUCCAUAGCUAGUGGCCUUGCUCAUUUGCACAGUGAGAUAUUCGGGACCCAAGGAAAACCUGCCAUUGCUCACCGGGACUUGAAGAGUAAAAACAUCUUGGUUAAGAAAAAUGGGCAGUGUUGCAUUGCAGAUCUAGGUCUGUCCGUCAUGCAUUCUCAAAGUACCAAUCAGCUGGAUGUUGGGAACAACCCCCGUGUAGGUACCAAGCGUUAUAUGGCCCCAGAAGUCUUAGAUGAAACAAUUCAGGUGGACUGCUUUGACUCCUACAAAAGAGUUGAUAUUUGGGCAUUUGGACUGGUCCUCUGGGAAGUAGCCAGACGCAUGGUUAGCAAUGGUAUAGUUGAAGACUACAAACCUCCAUUUUAUGAUGUUGUUCCUAACGAUCCUAGUUUUGAAGACAUGAAAAAAGUAGUUUGUGUGGAUCAGCAGAGGCCAAAUAUUCCCAACAGAUGGUUUUCAGACCCUACAUUAACUUCGCUUGCUAAGCUCAUGAAAGAAUGCUGGUACCACAAUCCAUCGGCAAGAUUAACAGCUUUGCGUAUCAAAAAGACGUUGACCAAAAUUGAUAAUUCCUUGGACAAGCUCAAAUCUGACUGUUGAUUAAAAAAAAAAAAGCCACAAUGCUGGCAGACACAAAGAAGGACAUACAACUUGCUGGGAUUUGGUUCCAAGGGACUUCAGGCAUUGGCACAGUUGUAUACCCAAACCAGCCAUUUAGAGAGGAAACAGAGCCAUGCAAAUCUUAAUUAGCGUCUGCCAUGGCAUUUUUGCAAAUGGCCAAUCAUUAAAGACUUCAAGCUGAAUCUCUGGUGGCCUAUGGAAGAAGAAGACAAAGGAGUCCUAAGACAAAAUCGGGGCAUUAGAACCAUGGCUUUUAAUUUUUUUUUAAAUUCAGAAAAUUGUCUGUUUAAUGCUCCCAACUUUGAUACAUUGAACUGGAUAAUUUCAAUCCACAACUUUGCCUGCGUGUCUCUUCUUUGUUGCACUAAGGGAUUCCUUGCAUUCCUUCCUUGCACUGUUACAGUUUUAAUUUUAAGGAACUGACUUGCCAAAAAUGGGAUUGGCUUUAUACACCUUGAUCUAUGUUUUUUGGAUAUUAAGAAAUCAGUUUGGGCAACUGAACCCAUAACUGACUCUUCUCUUUCUCUUUUUAUUUUGUUAAGCUGCAUUUUACAUAUGUGUACUGUUUACAGUAAGGCUGGACACUAGGAAUUGUUGAUAAGGAAACAUGCAGAUUUUAUUUAUUACUGGUGCAUUUAACAGUUUUUAAAAAACUGAGAAAAGUGCAUAUAGUUAAAGUUUAUUUUUAUGUAGCUUCUAUCACUUACAGUCUCUUUUUCGUAAUAUCAUAUAAUCAGAAUUGGUUCUGUUUCUUUCCCCUGUUGAAUCAUUUAGACAUUUUAAUCACAUUUUUAAGUGCUUCAUAUUUUAUAUGUGUAUGGUCUGUAACAUAUAUUUUCGGUUCAAAAUAUGCAAAACAUUUAUAUAUAAAUAUAUAUAAAUAUAAAUAUAUAUCUAAAUAUAAAGCCAUUACUCAAAUUAUGUCACAUCUAGUACCUUAUUGAUUUAGAAGAAUCGAUUAGCAGAGCAAAAGAGCAAACAAUAGUUCAUAAGAAAGUGCUGCUUCCUCCCUUCCCCAAUUUAUACAUAAUGCGCAUUUAAAUGUGGCAAGGAAGAAAUUGUUUUAAUUUGCUCUCCCCCCCCCCCCAAUUAAGUAGCUGCUUGUAUAAAUGAAAAAUAAUAUUUCCCAGUGAAAUGAAAGGGAAGUAUUCUGCUAGUGAAAUGAAAGGGAAGUAUUCUGCUAUUCUCCUGGGCUUAAGGUGAAGGUGGUGUGUUUAAAUUGAAGCAUCACCAGCAUAUAUAUAUAUAUAUAUAUAUGUAUUGGUGGGUGAUUCCCAUCCUGGACUGAGCUAUGCUGGAAAAAUCUGCCAUCCUACAUUUUGGCCUAUGUGAUGGAAGAGACAUCUCUUGAGGUUUGGCAUGCUGGAACUAUCCCUCAGACAGUGCCAUAUUCAUUCUGGAGAUGUGGCCUCACAAUGAUGGGUUAUUGAGUGAUGUAUGGAUAAAACAUGUUGUCUUCUGCUUUUUUUGAUAUCAAGUUUUCCAAGUAAACAACUUUGAUUCUAGUGCCUUGCUUUGUACUAUAGUUACUCUCCUUUGAAGCCUUGCAAGUAAAAAAACUUGGAAUGCUGACUUUCGAAUAUUAAACCAGGACAAUGUCUGGAAAAAAGGCUGAAUGGACUUGGUUUAAAUUGAGAGGUUUUUUUUAUUUUAAAAAGGGCAGGACAAUUGAGGCUUCUAUUAUCCACUGUCCUAUCUUAUAUGCUUCAAUAACAAUUAUUUGGGAGAUGUGUACAAGGUUUGGUUUGGACAGCUAUAUGCUCAAUGAAAUAUUGCUGCUUUCACUAAAUGGAGACAUCGCUAUCAUUCAUAUAAUAUUGGAUAGGCAUACCGUGAUUUGUUAGGAUUUAAUUGCACCCCCUAUGCAACUCAGAUUUUCAAAUGUUAUUUUUGCGGCACAGAACUUUGCCAGGUGAUCUCAAAAAGUAGCAUUUGAAUUGAUUGUGGAUAGGAACUAAUUCCCCACCUCAAAAAUUCCCUGCUUGCAGAAAAGUAGUUGAAUCACUUCUUCCUCAUAUUUAACAUGAGAAACUACAUAUAUGGACAACUUAUAUGUAAGUAAAGAGUAAUGCUGGAAAGGACCCAUAAAAUGGUCUUUGAUGUCCUCCUUCCUAAGCUUUCUAUAUUUUGAUAAGCAGCUUGGUAUUUUCUAAGAGAAUUGUAACUUUCAUUUGUUAAAAUGUUUGGUGACAACCCAAAUCAAAGAAAAAGAAAUGAGAAAUUCCAAUUUUUAACCAACUCCAUUUAAUAGUGAUGAACUUUUCCAUGAGGACUGGUUAUCCAUCUAAUAAAUACUCAUCCUUUGA